GCUGGGGGUACCCCCGCCGCCUCCCGGCUCGCCCCCGCUUUCCCCCGUGCACAGCGGGGCGGCUGCGGCGGGGCGGCCCCGGGAGGGCUGCGGCCCCUCGGCGGCGGGUUGCCGGCGGGCUGCCGCACCCCCAUCAUGGCCAAAGUGACGGCGGAAAGUUGCGGGGCGGCGCCGGCCGAGGACUUGUCCAAGGUGUCGGACGAGGAGCUGCUCAAGUGGAGCAAGGAGGAGCUGAUCCGCAGCCUCCGCCGCGCCGAGGCCGAGAAGAUGAGCGCGAUGCUGGACCACAGCAACCUCAUCCGGGAGGUGAACCGCCGCCUCCAGCUCCACCUCGGCGAGAUCCGCGGCUUGAAGGAUAUCAACCAGAAGCUGCAAGAAGACAACCAAGAGCUGAGAGACCUUUGCUGUUUUCUGGAUGAUGACAGGCAGAAAGGCAAGAAGGUGUCCCGUGAGUGGCAGAGACUUGGCAGAUACAGUGCUAGUGUUAUGCACAAAGAGGUUGCCUUGUACUUACAGAAGCUGAAAGAAUUGGAAGUGAGGCAAGAAGAAGUGGUUAAGGAAAACCUAGAGCUGAAAGAAUUGUGUGUGUUGCUGGAUGAGGAGAAAAGUGGUGGAGCAGGCAGCCGGAGCUCUAUUGACAGCCAGAUCAGCCUGUGCCAGCUAACCGCAACGAGUACUUACAUAAGAGAUGUUGGCGAUGGGAGUAGUACUUCUAGUACAGGAAGUACAGACAGUCCAGACCAUCAUAAACAUCAUCCAAGUACUAGUCCAGAACAUCUUCAAAAAAGUCGGGGUGAAGGAAGCCCUGAGCAUCAGAAACACAGGAGUAUCAGCCCGGAGCACCUCCAGAAGCCCAGGAGUUCUGGCAGUCCUGACCAUCACCUGAAAGGACCGAGUCCAGAACAUCACAAACCCAUUGUCAAAGCACCUGAACAGCAAAAGCAGAGCAGCAGCAGUCCAGAAACUAUCCCAAAGCAUGUUUUGAGUAGUAGCCCUGAACACUUUCAGAAGCAGAGGCCUGGUAGUAGCCCUGAGCAUCAAAAGCACAGCAGUAGCAGCCCAGAUCAUCUGCAAAAGCACACAUCGAGUGGAAGUACAGAACAUCUCCACAAAGUGAGGGGUACGAGCCCUGAGCACCUCAAACAACACUACGGAGGGAGCCCAGAGCAUCUCAAACAUCUCAGUGGAGGCAGCAGAGAAGGUACCCUCAGGAGACAAUUAACAGAUGACCUGUCAUCUCACCACAGAAGUAUAUACAAUGGAAUGAAUGAAUCAACCUUGUCCUAUGUUAGGCAGCUGGAGGCAAGAGUAAGACAGCUGGAGGAGGAAAAUCGCAUGCUGCCCCAGGAUCGCAUUAGGAUGCCAGGAGGGGCGGAGGGGAGUUACUGCUCUGCAAACGAGCCAGCUAGCAUCAGUGGACAUGGCUCAGCCUCUCAGCAGUCUGACUCAGUGGUAAAUGCUCUGAAGGUCUUAGAAGCUCGGGAAAAUAUAAAUCAGCAGGCUGUUAAAAAUUCUUACCACUACCUUAGUGAGACAGAAAAAGCUGUGGCUGGAGAAAUGUGCAAUGUUGUGUGGAGGAAACUUGGAGAUGCUGCAGGGUCGUGCCCUGGAAUUAGACAACAUUUGUCAGGAAAUCAAUAUAAAGGACCUAUGUAAGAGGCCCUGAGCAAAUCCGCUCUCUGAAGAGAAAGUUUAAACUGCCGAUAGGAGAAAGAACUGACUGUGUCCACAGUGACUUCCCAGCUGACGACAGGGUCUGUAUGCGCUACAAGAGACUUCGCUGGAAACUAGUAAGAUUCUGACAGAGGUCUCUGGAGGAGCCGUGUUGUCAGUGUCCCCCAAAUACUGCUGUUUUGGUAUACUGGCUAGUGAAACGCUGCUGCUGCGUCGUCACUUCAACACACCACAUUUAGAAGCAUUGAGGUAUUUCCAUCUUAACUAACAGAUAAUUGGGAUUCUGCAGGAGUUACAUGAAAUAAGUUGUAUUUUGGUUGGUUACAGUGAAUCUCUAGUAAGUCUGAAUGAAUUUUCCACUGGAUUUAACAGAGGUUUUUCACGAGACUGGAGAGGCAUGGAUAAACUGUGCCUUUGGUCUCCACAGUUUUGAGAAAGUCACUUCUUACUAACUCACACAUCAGUCUGUAAAAUAUUGGUUAAUGGUGCUUAGGCAAUUUCUAGAUGAUUUUUUUUGUUGUUUUGGUAGAAUACCUGCCUUUGGAGGUGCUAAAAGACCAUAAAGUCUCCUAACCAGCCAGUAGUGUAGCAUAACUACAGAACUUGUAGUGAAACACAAUUUCUUUCUAAAUGAAAGUAAAGAUAGCUUUCCUUUUGAUUCUCUUUCAUGCACAUCUUCUGAAGAUGUGUACGAUGUUUGCAGCCCUUUAAUGACCAGAAUACUUAGGUAUCACUAUUACAGGUCUCAAAUCAGAAUUUCCAUCCGAAAUUUGUUUUUUGGGCUUGUUUGUUUUUUUUCCAGAAAGUAUUUUCCAAUUGUCAGAAUGCUAAUUUCUACUGUUUAAUUUAGAGACAUGCUGGUUUAUUUAACAAGAGUCUAUAAGGAUCUAAAAGAUUGCACUGCAUUAUAAAAAAAAAAAAAAGCUUUUCUUGCCACUGUAGUGUUCUCUCAAUGAAAAAGGUUUUAUUAUACUCAGAGCAUGUCUUUCAUUAUUAUGAGGCAGAAGGCUCUUGUUCAGAUUGCCUAAGAUUUGACCAGACGGUGCCCUAGAUGUGCUUAGUUUAUUUUUAUCUAUAUGUAUGAUACUAGUUGUGUGUAUUGAACUGCAACGAUAGGUAUUUUGUGUAUAUCAAAAAGCAAUGAUAGUUUCAUUUAUGAAUGUGCAACAGGCUUGUGACUGAAUGCUGUUGCUUAACUUUUUACCAUAGCCAAGUAUCAAAAAGACUAAUAAAAGUUUCUUAAAAAAUAGGAAUGCAACAAUUCCUGGGUUUCUGGUUUGUUCUUGGUUACUAAGACGUGAGCCAAAGUCAGAACCUCUGUUUUCUCUGAGCUUGCAACGUGCUGUAUUCGUGGGCUAUUUGCAGUGGAAUGUAGCUCAGUCGCUGUACGAUCUUUUGUUAUAUAGGAGUAUGAUGUAAAUCUGCUAACUGUCUUCAGAAGAAGUGUGUUAAUUUGCGGUAGUAAUUAUAUUGGUUUCUGUUGUUAUUUUUACUUGGUACCAUUUGGCAUAAGGCCUCUGACCCAUCAUUGCUUUCUCAGGCAAAACUCCUGUUCGCUCUGUCUCCUUGAGUUGGAAAUGCAGAGUCCGGCCUUCCAUUUUGAAACACUGCACUCUUGCAUAUUUUCUUCUAUAUUACCCAGCUCAAACAGUCGUCUGUUAUUGUUACAUGUUUUUUUCUCCCAUACGUAUCGUUUGCAUAGUUAAACUUCAAUUGUUGUAUUCCUAUAUAUCUAUAUACAUGUAUGAAAAAAAUGUAAAAAAUGUACUUGUGCCUGCAGUACGUCGUGCAGGGGCUAAUUUGAGGGACACUGGUCUUUUGACACUACACUUCUGUAAAUUUUGAUACUGUAUUAAAACUAUUUUUUUACAGUUCUGCAUACGAUUGGGUAUCAAGUAUCUGUGUUCAUCUUAGCAACGGUAAUAAAUUAUAGAAUUGCACCAUU